AUGGAAGCACUGCUUCCGAGUGUGAAGCUUGUAUCAGACUCUGCAAUGGAUGACCUUGUAAUCAUUCAUGCAACGGUUGAAAAGCAGCAGAGAAACUGCCGAGUGGGAGGGAUCCACCGCCAAGUAGCCCCACCGUCUCCUAGGCAACAGCAGUCGCGCAAAUCAACAAGCGGCAACAGCGUCCCACAAUUCAAGUCUUUCAACAAGAAGGAGCGGUCACUGGCCAUCGUUGCUGUUUCACCGUAA